UCUUCUCAAACCCUAAUUCUCUUUAAUUAAUUAAUUCCCUCUCCUUUCUCUCUCACUUCCUCCCUCUUCCAUUAAUGGCAGGUUCUCCUCAUCUUCCUCCUUUCUCCAGUGUUGAUUCCUCCUCUACUUCGACCUGUGAUGCUCUUUUCUUCUUCCCUCGCAAUUUCGAUUCCACCAUCGUCACCGAUUUUGGUUGCAAUUUCUACUCUCUUCAACCUCAACCUUCUGGAUUCCCUCACUCUCACCGGAUUGACUUCAAUGUCCUUGGAACCUCCACUACUACUACUAGUACUCCACUCAUCAAAGAAUCCGCUGGAUUAUCAGACGCUCCUCUUCCUUUCCUUUCUAAUCCUUGUCUCUCUUCCAACUCCAGUAGUGAGCCCCCGAACAAAUCGCAUUACUCCGUUUUCAUCAUUAUUCAUUUGGUGGCUAAAUAUUACUCAUGGGACGUUUCUAGAGAAUGCAAGACCAUGUUUGAGUGAGAAAUUGGUCUUGAUGAAAUUGAGAGUUCAAUGAACAGCACACCCGUAUCACCCGUAUUUCUAUUUCUAAAGCAGAAGGGCUUUCGGUGGCUGAAACAAGUGAGUGAUUAAGUUUUUUAUCACCCGUAUUAUUUGUUAUCACUAGGGAAAGAAAGCUGAGUAGAAAAAGUAGAAUGCCAAAUG